GGAUUCGUGCAAUGCUUCUCCGGCUGGUGCAUGCAAGAUAUGUUUGACUCUCCCAUCUUAUCAACAAGGUAAUGGCAAGAAAGCAAGAUCACAGCUGUCAUGAAUAAAUGCUGUAUGGAUUUUACUGAUUUGAACUAUUUGCCGUUUCCAUGUUAUCUCGUCAGUCCCAGAGAUUUCUGGAGUCGUAGAUGGAAUCUCAUUGUCCGAAAUUUGUUGCACAGUCAAGUGUUUGAAAACUAUUCUAGAAGAAGAGGAACGGAUAAGGACGGACAGACAUCAAAGCCGUCUCAACAAAAGCCUCAGAAGGUUGGCUUUCUAUCCACAAGACAAGGUCGAGGGCUACUGUCCUUCUUCGUUAGCGGAGUGUUUCACGAAUUAAUCAUCUGUAGCGUCUGCCGCAAAUUGACUUUGGAAAAUCUGUGCUUUUUCUGUAUUCACGGUAUUGCAUGUAUGCUGGAGGUCAAAUACUACGAACCGAGAAGAGCACAGAGCCAAUGGAGGCGCGUCAGAAAUAUUGCUCUCAAUAUUGCUUUCAUGACUCUAACUGGGCGCCUGUUUCUUGCUCCAUUCCUGCGAACAAGAUUCACUGAGGUUUUGCCUUUAACCUACGCGGCGUAGAACCUACAAAGAAGCUUCACUUGAUUUACUUUUUAGAGAUGAGCA